AUGAAUAGACGUUUUUUUUCAUUGAUUGAACAAAGAGUCCCCGCAAAAUAUAUAUCAUUCACUGUUGACGAUUUGAAAUAUGACGCUCAAUUAGAGUUUGUUCAUUGUAUCCAGACAGUGUUGCCACUAAACCCUUAUUAUGUGAAGACAGUAUUGAAAGAAUACAUCAAACAUAUUGAAUCUUCAAACGAAGACACCUCAGACGAGCUAUACGAACUGUAUUGUGAUCCUGAAGUUUUGAACGCUAGGGAGCUAGGCCCGGAACAAACAGAUGUUAUCAAAUAUUUUAUAUCGGGAUUUAACCAACAAUACAAUGGCAAUGACAAGGAUACAAUAACCAUAAAGGAAACCCCUAAACUAAUCUCAGGAAGUAACACAACAGGAUUAAGAACGUGGGAAGCAGCACUUUAUUUAUCCAAUUUCUUAAAUGCCAAAGAUAGUCCGCCAUACAAUCUCGCAAACAAAACUGUUAUGGAAAUAGGAUGUGGUACUGGCUUGGUGAGUUUGGCUCUUGCUAAAAACUAUCACAAUAUCAAAAAGUUGAUCAUGACUGACGGAUCUACUAAUGUAUUUGACAAUUUACAGGAAACAUUGAGGUUAAAUAAUUUAAACGAUUCCAGUAUUAUACAAUGCCAACAGUUGAUAUGGGGUGAGAAAACAACAGUUGAGGAACAUGUGGACUAUCUUGUGGCGGCAGAUAUCACAUAUGAUACGAGAAUCUUAGACCCAUUAUGUCAAACUAUCAAAGACUUGUUUUCGAAUAACAAUUUACAAUUUGCAGUAAUUGCGGCUACAAUACGAAACGUUGAUACUAUAAAAGAAUGGGAGCUGAAGCUAGAUGUAUGGUUUUCUGGCAAAUGGUCGGUUAUGGAAACUGAGUCUGAUCCACAUUCUAUUCAAUCCAACUGCUGGUUUAAUGUUAAUACUCCUGAAAUACGUAUAUAUGAAAUACAUUUAUAG